AUGCAGAGAAAAAAUACAAAACGAGUCCCAAGCUUUCGCAAGUUGCUGAAAACUAGUAAAAUCAAACUUGACAACAAGUUAAAGAACAAACAGUUUAAGCAACAGAGCACUGCAAAGAAAUACCGAAAAGAGCAAAGAAAGCUAAGACAAGCUGUCCGAGAUGUGAUCUCCAAAACACCUGCUCCGUUGGAGGAACACAAGAAAAAACAUACAGCUGAAAAAGUAGAGGAAGAGGAGGAAGAGGAAGCUCUUCCUCUGGAUAUGAUGGAUGAAGAUGACCUCAAAUUAAUGGAAGAUUUGGCUCAAAAAGCAUCAUUUCUAACAAGAGACCUGUCUUCUAGUGAACCCAUUCAUGCCAAGAAACGAAAACAGGAAAGUGUGAUUGACAAAUAUGAGAAAAUGCCAAGACGCAUGCAGGCUGAGCCGGAAAAAGAACUUAUUCAUCUACUUCCUAUCAAAGACAAGACUGGCAUUAUUCCGCAAACCAUGGAAAAGCCAGUUGUCAACAUUGCACAGAAUGAAGAGGAGGAAGAGGAUAUGGAAGAAAUGGAGGUAGCAGAAGUAUCUAGGGAAGAACCCCAGCCUUUACUCUCUACUGAGGAACUGCUUGUUCAAAGGAAAAUAAAGCUGCAGGAGAAGAAAACCCAGAUUGCAGGUCUAGCAUCUGCCAUUCUGUCUGACCCAGAAAAUAAUAUUAAAAAGCUGAAAGAGUUGCGUGUCAUGCUGAUGGAACAGGACCCCAAUGUGGCUGUCAUCGUUCGGAAGCUGGUCUUGGUUUCUUUGAUGGAGAUAUUUAAAGAUAUAACUCCUUCUUACAAAAUUCGGCCUUUGACUGAAGCAGAAAAAGCUACAAAGGUUAAAAAAGAAACUCAGAAACUAAGAGAAUUUGAAGAAGGUCUUGUGAGCCAGUACAAAUUUUACUUGGAAAAUCUGGAACAAACAAUUAAAGACUGGAAGCAAAGAAAGCUGAAGAAGAGUAACGUGAUCUCAUUAAAAGCGUAUAAAGGUCUGGCAGAGAUUGCAGUGAAAUGCCUCUGUGAGCUGCUUGUCGCACUCCCUCAUUUCAACUUCCACAAUAACAUUAUUGUCUUGGUUGUACCCCUCAUGAAUGACACAUCAAAGCAGAUUUCAGAAAUGUGUUGUGAAGCAGUGAAGCAGCUCUUUAAACAAGACAAACUUGGCAUUGCUUCCUUGGGUGUAGUUAAAGUAAUAUCUGGUCUAGUGAAGAGCAGGAAUUAUGAUGUUAGACCUGAGGUGUUAAAAAUAUUCCUUCACUUAAGAAUUAAGGAAGUAGAAAUGAAAAAAGACACAGAAGACAUUACUGCAAAGAAAAAAUUUAUGACCUGUAAAGACAAAAGGAAAAAUCUUUCCAGAAUGCAGAGAAAGUGGAAGAAAGCAGAAGAAAAACUGGAACGAGAACUCCUGGAAGCAGAAGCCUCAGAGAGUAAAGAAAAAAAACUGAAACUGCACACAGAGACCCUGAAUAUAGUGUUUUUAACAUACUUUAGAAUACUGAAGAAAGCACAGAAAUCGCCUCUUUUGCCUGCAGUGCUGGAAGGUCUUGCAAAGUUUGCUCAUCUGAUAAAUGUGGAAUUUUUUGAUGACCUGUUGAUGGUUUUGCAUUCUCUGAUUGCCUCUGGUGACCUAAGCUAUCGGGAGAGCCUUCAUUGCAUUCUCACUGCUUUUCAUAUUCUUUCUGGUCAAGGUGACGUUCUUAAUAUCGAUCCUUUGAAGUUCUAUACUCAUCUUUACAAGACGCUGUUUAGGCUACAUGCAGGUGCAACAAAUGAUGAUAUGAUAAUAGUGCUUCAGUGCCUGGAUGUAAUGCUUGCCAAACGAAGAAAACAGGUUUCCCAGCAACGAGCCUUGGCCUUCAUAAAGCGACUUUCCACCCUUGCUCUCCAUGUCCUUCCAGAUUCCAGUGUGGGCAUCUUAGCAUCCAACAGAGUGUUGAUGCAGACAUUCCCCAAGACAGACCUCCUGCUAGACAAUGAAUCUCAAGGUAGUGGACUUUAUCUCCCAGAACUGGAUGAGCCGGAGUAUUGCAACGCUCAGAAUACAGCUCUGUGGGAAUUGCACUUGCUGAAGAGACACUACCACCCAACUGUGCAAAGGUUUGCAGCUCAUCUUAUUGCUGGUGCUCCAGCUGAAGGCUCAGCAGCUCUCAAGGCUGACUUGAGCCGAAGGUCUGCUACAGAACUUUUUGGGAACUAUAGUAUGAAAGGAAUGACUUUCAAUCCUCCUGUUGCCUCAGUUACACCCAGAAAAAAGGAUAAAUUUUCACCAGGCAAUUCCUUCCUGCAUGAAGAUUUGAAGGAACUGAUUCAGGCACACCUCAGCCAGCCUUCUCUUCAUAGAACCUUGGAUUUUGCUAAACACUUAAAGGAAUCGUCGAUAUCAUAAGUAUUAUUGCCAGCGUAAUCAGCUUCUUAAUUGUGGGAAGAAAGUAGUUACAAUUAAGAAAUUGAUACUAAACGUCUUUAGAGGAUUUCAUAUAAACUCUUGUUUUGGAGCUGGUAAUGCAGUGCAGUGCUGAGGUACAGAGUAAAGCAGUGUAUUCUGCACUGACCAUUCUGGGGUAACUGGACUGCAUGUCCAGGUUUCACUUCCCCUAAGAAAUGUACAAGCAAGCACUCAUGGAGGCAGGUGGGGCUGCAAACAAUUGACUGUAACUGCUUGACGAUGUACAUUAUUGUGAUAUUUUUUGUUUAUGGAAUUUUUUUUGUAAUGGAGUAUGUAAAUCUAUAUUUUGUUAAAGAUCAUUGGCUUAUGUUGACAAAUAAAUAUAUUCAGGAAAUAGUAA